AUGGGCGGACUCAAGAUAUCAGACCAGAUGGGCUUCACCAUCCAGCCCAGAGUAGGCCGCCUACGAGCCCAAAUGGCCAAAGAAAGAAUCGACGCCAUCGUCUGCUUCCAGCCCGAAAACACUUUCUACCUAACGGGCUUCAGCCCCCUAAUCUCCUCACAUCCCAUCAUCGCAGUGCUCGCACCCCGCGGCGACCCAACCCUGCUGGUAUAUGCCCUGCGCGACGACCACGCCCGCGCGGGGGCCUGGUCACCCGGCAUGAAGCUUUUCAGCACGCAGACGAGACAAGCGCCCACGGGCCCUAUCUGGCAAGCGGCGCUGACCUCAAUCCUAGCCAACCUCGACAUGGAGGGUAAGACCAUCGGCAUCGAAGAAGAGUUCAUCGCGCUGGAGCGCACCCGAGACCCAGAGAACAAGACUCCACCACCACCGGGGGCGAAGUUCGUCAACGCCACACCCCUGAUCGGCCGAUGCCGGCUAGUCAAAGACCCCGACGAGAUCGCCAACGCCCGGAUCGCAGCGCACAUCGCGGACGUAGGCAUGGAGGCGGCCAUCGCGGCACUCGCGGGAGGAGACGUCACCGAGCGGGACGUGACGAUCGCGUCUACGCACGCCAUGAACCAGCACUGGGCGAGACACUACCCCGACGUCGAGGUGCGGCGGGUCGGGUCGUCGCCGUUCCCUUCAUCGCCUGACGGCAGCAACCACCAACAACAGCAGCACAGCGGGCUAGCGACGAGUGUCAACUCUGGACCGCGGAAAUUUUACCACGCGUGCGAGAACCACCCCACGCUGCGGAGACCGCAGCCGGCGGAAACGGUCUCCGUGACUGUGUGGGCCGUGGCGAAUGGUAUGCCCGCGAAGCUGGAGCGGACUGUCUGCGUGGGGCCUAUCCCGAGCGUGGAGAAGAGCGCUAUCACCGCUGUGUUGGGGAUCCGGGAUGAGAUCGAACCCCUUUUGCGUGCCGGUACCCCCUUCAGCUACCUUUAUGGCAUGGCGCGUAAGGGAUACAACGCGCGGGGAUAUGGUGCUAACUUACCUGGCCGCAUUGGGCAUACUGUUGGGUUUGUGCCUCAGGAGCAGGCGCUCAUUGAUGGCGGGUCCUCUCUGGUAUUGGAGCCAGGGAUGAUCAUUAUGCUCGAGCCUCAUCUUCAUAUUUCUGGUCUCUGUGCGACACAGUAUUCGGAUACUGUGCUUAUCACGGAAACGGGACACGAGUAUCUUACUCACAAGAGUGGUCACCUGGAAGUGUGA